GCGCUCGCGGCGAUUUGGUAUGCGCGAAACAGUUAGUUAUGGAUUGUCGUGACGGCAAUAUUUUAGUUGAUUUUAGUUGUUUAUAGGAUUCCGUGUUGUUAACAGGGUUGUAGCCGGGUGGGAUCUGGGUGUUAUGUAGUGUUUCGCUCACGUAAAAAAAAAAAAAGUUUUGCAGACUAAAAUUUUCGGAAGGUUUGAUCUAGUUGGAGAGAACCUUCCCAAAAUAUUACUCAUAACUAUACUUAAACAAGAUGACUGGUAUUCUUAAGCGUCAAAGAGAGUUGGGAAGUGAUUCAAAUAUCAAACCUUCAGCAAAUCCACAUUUAACAUCACAGACACCUAUAACACCUCUCGACCUAAGCGAUGAAGUGGACAAUGUUGAUUAUCGCUUUGAACUAGCUAGACUACAGAGUUUUGAAAACUGGCCUGUGUCAUAUAUUGAACCUGCCAAACUUGCAGCUGCUGGAUUUUAUUAUACUGGUGAAGGUGAUAAAGUAAGAUGUUUUGAAUGCUAUGUAGAAAUAUGCCAGUGGGUAGAAGGUGAUAAUCCUAUGGUCGAUCAUCAACGCUGGUCGGCAAGAUGUAGAUUUAUUCGUAAAAUGAACUGUGGUAAUGUCCCAAUUGGAGCAGAUCCUAGUACAGUUUUACCACCAAGGCCAAGAAGUAGAGAUGUAUGUGGACCUUAUGGUGUUGAAUAUAGACCCACAUCUGGUCCUGACAAUAUUAAUUUUUCAUCGGAAUUACAAUUGCCUAGUACAGCAAAACUGAGUUGUUUAGGCUUGGGAAAGCCAAAAGGACCAGUACAUUCUGAAUAUGCCAGUUAUGAUGCUAGACUACAUACGUUUGAAACAUGGCCAAAAUUUAUGCCACAGACAAAAGAACAGUUAGCAGAUGCUGGCUUUUAUUAUACUGGAAAAGGUGAUCAAACUCUUUGUUAUCAUUGUGGAGGUGGUUUGAAAGAUUGGGAACCUGAAGAUGAUCCUUGGGAGCAACACGCAAAAUGGUUCUCUAAGUGCUAUUAUCUGCUGAUGGUUAAGGGUCAAGAUUAUGUGAAUAAAGUAACAGGUCAACAUAUAUCCCCACCGUCAAAAGAAGAAACAAUGCAAAUGAAUUUACCGAGUUUCAUUAAGAAAGUUCAACCUGUAUUAAUGGAACCAGAGAAGAAGGAAGAAGCGGAAAGUAAUCCUGGUCCAAGUUCUCAAAAUAUUGGUUCUCAGGAUAGUGGGAUAGAAUGUGUUGGAAGUAAUACAGAAUCUGUAAAAAGCAGCACAGAAGAUUUGUCAAAUGCAAAGACACAAAAUAAUAAACCUAUAGAUGAUGCAAGGAUGUGCAAAAUUUGUUACAACGGAGAAUUAGGAGUGGUAUUUUUACCGUGUGGACAUAUAGUUGCGUGUGUUAAAUGUGCUCCUGGUAUGACAACUUGUGCAGUAUGCAGAGAACCUGUUACUAUGACCGUACGAGCCUUCUUCUCAUAGUAUUCCAUAGCUUGUGAUAGGCAAUGAUUACAUCCUACAUCUGAUUUCUUUUAUAGUAUUUUAUACUCGAUCAUCCAUGACUGGUAGCGAUAAUCUAUCGCAAACUGCACUAAAUGACAUGACUCAUGUAGCAUACCGGUCUGCGGGUACAAGCUAUAAGAAUUCUACAAUUUUUUAAGGCUUUGUAUAAUGUUUAAAUCGUUGAUACAGGAAAGAUAGAUAAAGAGAGAUUUAUUCUAAUGCAACAAAUAACACAAUAAAAUG